AUGGCUACCUCACAGUCUCGUCAGUGGGGUAUCACGCCUCCACUGUCAUCCGCGCUUCCUACACCCGCAGAGCUCACAGAGAAUGAUGCGUUGAUAGCAGAGCUCAAACUACAGAAUAACUUCGAGACGCCAUCAGAGACCGAGAAGCGGAAGCAAACACUACAUCUUCUACAGCGAGUGACCAUCGAGUUUAUUAAGGUAGUGUCAAAGGAAAAGGGCCUCUCGCAGGCGGCAAUCGAUGCCUCUGGUGGUAAAAUAUUCACAUAUGGGAGUUAUAGGCUUGGUGUAUAUGGUCCAGGUUCUGAUAUUGAUACUCUUGUUGUUGCGCCGAAACACGUAAUGAGAGAAGAUUUCUUUGCACACUUUCCAACAGUGCUUGAGAAAUUUGCGCCAAAAGAUGCGAUAGAGAAAAUGACCCCCGUGCCAGACGCGUUUGUGCCUAUUAUUAAGAUCGAAAUUUCCGGCAUUAGCAUAGAUUUGAUUUUCGCACGACUUAUUGUUUCUUCAGUUCCACCGAACCUCGAUUUAAAAAACAAGGACUUGUUGCGCGGCCUUGAUGAGAGGGAGAUACGAUGCGUCAACGGUACUCGAGUAACGGAUGAGAUCUUAGAGCUCGUUCCUCAACAAAAGACGUUCCGGCUUGCACUUCGUGCUAUAAAACUUUGGGCGCAACGUCGAGCUAUAUACUCGAACAUCGUUGGCUUCCCUGGUGGCGUUGCCUGGGCCAUGUUGGUCGCAAGAGUGUGUCAGCUAUAUCCCCAAGCUACCGGCUCAGUCAUUGUUGGCAAAUUUUUCAGAAUCAUGAACCAGUGGAGUUGGCCGCAACCGGUGCUGUUGAAGCAUAUCGAAGAUGGCCCGCUUCAUAUGAAAGUGUGGAAUCCAAAGAUAUACCAUGGCGAUAGGUUUCACCUCAUGCCCAUAAUUACCCCAGCAUAUCCAUCCAUGUGUGCUACGCAUAAUGUUUCAAUGUCCACCAAGUCUGUCAUCCUUAGAGAGCUCAGACGCGGAGGAGACAUGGUUGACAAAAUCUUCGUCGGACAGCGGCGAUGGAGUGAUCUUUUUGCUCGGCACAGCUUUUUUUCUGCUGACUACAAGUACUAUCUCAGCAUCAACUCUACUAGCACAACCAAGGAAGCACAAGCUAUAUGGUCAGGCUUAGUUGAAUCAAAACUUAGGCAUCUUGGGUUUGAGAGGGUCCAUAUCUGUAAGACUGACGCAGAGAUUGAUGCGGUGAAGGCUGGCUCUAUGAAAUACCAAGCAGAUGAUACCAAAACUGCUACCACUGAUGAGACGAAUGAUCCGACUCACGUCGCGGCCGCUGAGAACGCUAAUGAGAACGUGGCGAUUGCAGAAGCGGAAAAGCCAGCGGAAGAGAACAAGUACACUGUUUAUACCACCACUUACUAUAUCGGACUAGAGCUCAAACCUUUGGCACCGGGUGCUUCAAGAUCCCUAGACAUAUCCAGCGACACCCAUAUGUUCAAGAAUACCUGUACUUCCUGGGCCCAGUACCAGCCUGGAGUCAAUGACCUGAAUAUCUCCCAUGUCCGCAACUACGAUCUCCCUGAUGACGUUUUCCAGCCCGGCGAAGUUCGUCCAACACGACCGAAGAAGAAGGUUGUUAAGAAAGCGGAACAAUCAGUUUCCCAGAAGCGAACUAUCGAUGCAGUAGACGGCCAAGAACUACCCGAAUCAGCAUCGAAACGCCAUGUCUCACAGAACGGAAUGGUGACCCAGGCUACAAUUGCUUAA